AUGGCUGACGAUUUUGAUACUGGUGAUCUGUUUAAGGACCCCGAGGGGUUCUACCCUGAAGAGAAACAGCCCACAUUUGCUGAGCACCACAUGCUGUCUGGACAGACGGUGCGCGUGCGUCUUGUGGGCAGUCACCCACUUUACGGAAAUCUGCUAUGGAAUGCCGGCCGAACCAGCGCACAUUAUAUUGAAGAACGAGCCGAUUCCCUUAUCCGCGGCAAGGAUGUCCUCGAGAUUGGCGCUGCGGCGGGCGUCCCUAGUAUCGUCAGUGCGAUUCUGGGGGCUCGCACCACGGUGAUGACUGAUUAUCCAGACCUGGACCUGGUAUCUAAUAUGCAACAUAAUGCGGAUUUGUCGGCUGGCAUGAUCCCGUCUGAGUCGCGACUGUAUGUGGAGGGUUAUGCAUGGGGCAAGACGGUUGAACCGCUCCAGGCGCAUAUUCCUUCCGCCCAAGGAGGCAGCCCUGCGACCUUUGACGUAUUGAUCAUGGCAGACGUUGUUUACGCCUGGCGUGAACAUGGGAAUCUGAUCAAGACUAUGCAAAUGACUUUGAAAAAAAGCCCCGAGGCUGUGGCUUUGGUCAUUUUUACACCCUAUCAGCCGUGGUUGCUGCCGCAGACCGAAAAGUUCUUUCCGCUGGCGGAGUCGAGCGGGUUCACCGUGACCAAGAUAUUUGAAAAGCUCAUGGAAGAGGUGUUAUUUGAAGAUGAUCCAGGUGAUGAGAGGCUUCGGCGGACCGUGUUUGGAUAUGAACUCCGGUGGGCACCGGAUAAAUUGCUGGACAAUGCUUGA